UCAAACGUCUGUAAUGGAAAAAUGUUGCCUUGUGCUAUUUCUUAUCCAACACACUCAUCAUGUGCUGGUUAGGUGCAAUACUGAACAUUCUCACACAAACAACUAAUCUCUUGUGCUGUCGUACAUCAAGUCUAAACAUCUGAUGUUCCAUUUGACUGACUAAUAAUUUAUGAUAUAUGUUUGUCUUUUACACCCGGACUCUGGCUCCAUCCUAUCUGACUCCCCACCAGACCCAAGGCUGUUAAAGCCAAUGCAUCUUGUCUUGGAAGCUCGGUGUUCCUUCCUUUGGAUAACAAGACAUGAUGAUGCAGAAGUGAGAAAGCAAACAUUCUCACUCACAGCGAGAUAAGGUGGCACAAACAAUUCCAUUGCUGCAGAGAGACAUUCCACCAGAGCCAGAGAAAGGGGUUAAAAGGCAGAAGCAACUUGAGGAUCGUGGGCUCUUUGCAUCACACCUUCGUGGUGUGUGCACUGAUCUCCCCAGCUGGUUUUUGGUUUGUUGAUGUGCACGAUCAACAUCCAUGCUUUUUAUUUGCUUUCCCCAUUAUUUUUAUUUUUUUUUAUUAUUUCAAUAAAUUGCACAAAAGGACAACUCUCUCAUCUGCUUCUUUAUGGAAAAUUUCCACCACAGCAGCUGCUGUUGAAGGCGGGUCAGACAGAAUCAACCUGUGAAGUUGAGGAUCUGCUGCAGUGACUCAGGUUUAACAGGAACCUGAAUAAAACAUGAUUUGUUUCACCAACAUGUUACAUCCACCAGUAAACCAGCCUCUACUAACAUGUCAGCGCUGGAACAGCUGGAUGCUGUGAGCUCAUGUAGCUGUGAUCAGGUGGAAACAUGAAGGUUUUCUGUCCAGCAGGUCCAACAGAACCACUAGAGGAUCCAAAGCACCGGUUCUGGUCUCUGCCCUGUGAAGCUGCUGCUGUUAAUGACCUAUGACUGCACUGGUGAAAUAAAACUCACUUUCUUGUUGUCUAUUAUUUAUAAACUAGAUAAUAUGAAACACUGUUAAAGUUGUAACAGCCAUGAUGACUUUGAUCUUAAACAGAAGAACAAACCUGGAAUGUUGACUUAAACUGAACCCAAUUUAGGUUUUGAAACCGGAAUCAUCAACUCAGAGACCGUCAAAUUGAAUUUUGUCUAAAAAUGGAAGAAUACUAUUUUUCAUGGUUUGGCAAAUUGUUUGUAAAACAAUCAGAAUUUUUGUUGAUAUUCUAAUAUUUGUUUAAUGUAAAAAUAAAGAAUUACUGAACCUUGUCCCGUCUUUUCUGAUUCAGUCAUGGGUCUUUAACAUGUAACGAGAUAUCGGUCCACAGAAGGUCACUGGAACCAGUCCAAUCCCCAGAAAAUCCUCCUACAGAAGUUGCGGUCAUUGACUGCAGAACUGACCUACAGCGGGACGGUUCUUGGAUGAAGAUGAUCUUCAGGAUCCUGCUGCUCAUCAGCUUCAUCUCAUGCAUCUUUGGAUCAUUAGUAGUGAAUGUGACCCAGACCCACUAUCAGGCAGAGCAGAACCACAGCAUCACACUGGAGUGGACCUUCACACCCAAACCUGACGUGUCCAUCACCUCAGUUUACAUCUUCUGUCAGCUGGUGACUGAUCUCAGAGUCUCAGUCCUGUUUCAUCUCCAUGGAGGUGUUGAGGUCUCAGAGUCUCAGGAUCAACAGUUUUCAGGACGAGUCCAGUUUGACAGAGACGAGCUCAGAGAAGGACGGAUCAGACUCCAAGUGUCCAGACUCAGGACUGAUGACUCAGGACGCUAUUACUGUAACAUCAGAACAUCAGAUGGUUGGAACAUGGACGUAUGUCGACUCAACGUCACUGCAGCUGUUGAUCAGCACAAAGCUCAAACAACAGUAAGUCCAGAACCAGCGAACCGGGGAAGAACAGGUCUUUACGCUGCAUUGGUGCUGUUUGUCUGUGUUCUACUGUUCUGUUUUUCCAUUGUCCUAUCAAAACUAAACCUCUGGAAGACAGAUGUUUCUGUCUUUGAUCAAGAAGUUUCAUAUACACACAAAAACACUGUUGGUGAACAGAACAUUUUGAACUGUGCUUCAACAUCAGCAUUUACACCCAUAGAAAACUUAUCCUCAGGCUUAAGGCUACAAGACGUUUCAUAAUUUUACUCCAUGUCAGGUUGAAACUCUUCUGUUGAGCCAGAGUUCAAAGACAAACCUGGGUUUGGAUCCACCCUCAGUUCCUGCCACUCAAACCUUCCCUGCUGUGUUUCCAUGUUGUAUGGUGUCUGACAGUUUGAGUAAGUGUAGGUGUCUCUGUUUCUCUGUGUGUAACAUGUACAGUAAUUUAGCACUUGUAGCAAUCCACGUCUGGAUUGAAGUAACCUGACCUACAUGUGAUCUUAACUCCCUCCUUUGAAGAGCCUCUACGUCCUCUCCUGUCCCCAGAGAUAAGGGACCCUAAACCUUUCUCCACAACAGGAGACUGUUUUCUAUCACCACAGGCACCAAUUGACGCCAACAUCUCAAAUGUCCAUAUCAAAGAACCAUGAGUCCACUUUGUUGAUCUACCUGUAAAUCCCUCAGGAUUCCACCUCUGCUUAUCAUGCCAAAAGUCAGGCUGUCACAUUUAUCACCAAGAAGCUGCCUCUCCCAGAACUGGGACCACCAGCCAUAAAGUGUGGAAUGUGCUCAUUAAGAGAACAAAAGACUUCAUUUGGACACAAGUUCUGGUUCAGAUGCACCAGAACUUUCAACUUCCAUGAAACUGAUGCCAUUGUAUUCUGUGGACAAAAUGUUUUCAUUUGGUAUCAGAUUGGUUUCUGUGCGACGUUUAAUGCCUGAUCUACAGAUUUGCCAGGAAAUUCCUAAAGUUACAAAGGGACUUCAACUUAUCGCCAUGCUUUCCUUUGUGUAUAGACACAAAGCUGAAAUAGAGAGACUCACCUUCUUUACUUCUUUUAAUCUGUGCAACAUACACAUAGACUAUUUCCACCAGCUACAAUUAGGUAUCCUCAUUAUUGUAUUACAUUUUCAGGUGUUACAAUUGUUUAAUUAGUAAUGUCCAGAUUAGGUCAUUUAUAAUUUGAUUUUGCUUGCAUUUAUUAUUCGUGUAUGUUUUAGUGUUUACUGGGUGUUACAUAAAACAAGACCAGUCAUCAUGAAUAACAUUUCAUUUGUUACAGCGUUUUAAGGGACCACAUAUAAGACCUUAAUGUUCUAUGCAUUUAAUAUUGCUGUUUAACCAUUCUGACCUUUCUGCUUAUUUGAGUGUCAAAGUGAUCAUUACAUGUUUAUUGUGUUA